CUCUUGUAAUAUCCGGACGUAGAAUGGGGCGCUCAAGAAUGACCACUGCCAUCUUCUUACUACUUUUUUGCCUGACCGGAAUCUUGGUUACGUGUCAAGCGACUGAGUGCCAAUGGGCUUGGGUCGCACGAGAAUCAGGAACCAGUCGCCUGCGCAUCCACGACGGCAAACCACCGUCGGUUCUGCACCAUAGCGGCUCCUCGACCCUGACUCCCGUGGCGUGGGCAAAUUUUCAAAACGAUAUCCCCAAGAGCGGCUGGUCAUACCUGGAAGUGGAAUCAAGCCCAAACGUCCCGGAUGAAAUCCAGGCUUAUGCUGCAGGUGCACUGGAAGCACAUCUAACCCGUAAACUCAUCGAUGCCCAGUGGGAGAACGUAUUUGCUCACUACUGCGAGAACCAGACGAAAUUUUGCGCAAAACUGUAUGAUUUCGUCCAGAAGAACCUCGAGUACUCGAGGCGGAACGAGAAGCGUCUGAGAGCCGUCGAUCCAUACUGGAAUUUGGUACACAUCCAAAUGAAGCAAAUUCUUGGUUUGAGUGACGCCUUCGAUAACCUGCCUCUUGACGCAUCCAGGGAGGUUACAAAUGUCACCAGAGCGUUACUUUUCAGCCUUAUCGGAGAUUUCAUCGACCUUGAAGCAGCGCUGGGGCGCACUCCAGAUAUAAACUCCCUGAACGUGGUACCAGCGUGUACGGCACUGGUGAAAGUCGUCGGCGACAACGAAGAACUCUACGUGGCCCACAACGCCUGGUUCCUGUAUAAGAGCAUGCUGAGAAUUCAGAAGAAGUACACGCUUCCCUGGCACUAUGCGCCUGGCGCAACGGGACAGAGUGGUAUAAUUCCUGGCCACACGAUAACAAUGUCCUCCUACCCCGGAAAAUUGGUUUCCAUGGAUGAUUUCUACCUGACGUCAGCCGGCCUGGCCGUCACGGAGACGUGGGUGGAGAGCGGCAACCCCGACCUGUGGAAUCUGCUCGACCCAGAGGCGGCGCCGCUCACCUGGAUGCGGGCGUUAGUGGCCACGAGGCUUGCUACGUCCGGACGCGAAUGGGCCGACCUUUUCGCGAAGAAGAACAGCGGAACGUACAACAACCAGUAUGUCAUUGUCGACUACAAACUGUUCAAGCCUGGAACUGCCAUCGGGGAAAACACACUGUGGAUCGUCGAACAAAUGCCCGGAGUCAUGCGGCAAAAGGACGUUAGUGAUAUUCUCCAGAAAAAGAAGUACUGGCCUAGUUACAAUGUGCCUUACUUUGAGGACGUAUUCAUCAUAAGCGGUCAAGCAGCGCUGGUGGAACAAUAUGGUGACUACUUCACUUACGAGAAUACGCCCAGGGCAAAAAUCUUUAGGAGAGACCACGCCAAGGUCACUGACACAGAUUCCAUGAUGGCGCUGAUGAGGUACAACGACUACACCCGUGACCCUUUCUCCCGCUGCAACUGCACUCCGCCGUACAACCCAGUGUACGCGGUAUCGUCCCGCUAUGACCUGCUCGACCCACACGGAAAGUACGACAUCCCGAAAAUGUACCGACGGCCAGUCGGUGGCAUGGACUCAAAGGUAACCAGCUACGAAAGGUUCAAGAAUCUGCAGUUCUUCGGAAUCAGUGGCCCGAGCUGGAGCGUGCAGCCCGUGUUCCAGUGGAGCACCAGCGGUUUCCGCGACAGUCACGUUGGACACCCCGACCGCUGGGAUUUCAGUCCCGUGGUGCACACAUGGGGAUCCUGCAAAUAGUCGGGAGCACAAAACUAGCAGAAAAAACAAACUAUCAUAGUUCGUUUGCCCGAAUCACGUCCCCCUCUCCUCUCCCCCUUUUUUUUCUACAAAUCAAGAGUGUUCUUCAGAUUCGAUUGAAGGCGGAACGAUAGCAGGGUUGGUAUUAUGUGUGCAUUCUUUUCGCACUAUUAUAUUUGGUUCAGGCCACUCACGAAGCGUGUAUAGGAAUAGCAUUUGAAUAAAUU